UUUUACAUAAUUUAAAACCCGUAUACAUUGUACAAUUUCGAGGUGACCUCACUACAUGAUAUUCGUAUUACACGUUUAGAAUUUGACAACAGUCGAUCCAGUGGUUUCGGAGACUAUCACAGACGGCGGACAGACACGCAGCCAGACCGACGGAAACGAGAAGUAAUAAUUGAUUUUUGUUGGAAGAUUUUAACCGGGACGCCUCUGACGGUCCCCAUUCCCACCAGCCGAGCUUUUGUAAAUAGUUCAACAGGUAUCCAAGGAAAGAGAGGGGGUUGUGCGCUUCUUUAAGAACACGUGAGUCGAUCUUCAACUGUCAUUUGCAAGAAGCAACAAGUGGUGUCACUAUCCAAAAUGAAAAGCGAAAACGAAAAAAAAGUCGGAGUUUCUGAAACUCGCAAGAUUCGAAAACCCCUGAUGGAAAAGAAACGUCGCGCCCGAAUCAACGACAGCCUCGAAGCCCUCAAGCAAAUCCUCCUCGAUUCUAAAGCCACCCUCAAAGAAUCGGCGAGUCGGAGAAGUGGUCAAAGGACCGCGAAGUUAGAAAAGGCCGAUAUUUUGGAAAUGACGGUUCGCUAUGUGCAACAUUUACGGGGCAAACUAAACCAAAAAGACGACGUUGAAGAGAAGAAAAGCUGUGAUUCUGCGGACUUAAAAAUGGGGGUUACUUUGAUUCCUACGAAGUUGAGUAGUGGUGAUAUCGUUUUUGUUAUGCCUUCGAAUUUUACACCCAGUCAGAACGGCGACAAGUUGACGAAAAUGGGCAACGUGUGGAGGCCGUGGUGACAAGAAAUGUUGUUGUUGGAAGACUGUUUUUUCUGUGAUAUUAAACUGUA